CGAAGGUGCCAUUGAGGCAGUGCCUCUGAAUGAACGUGCGGCUGGGUAUGACUCCGCGGAUGAGGCUCAAUCUGGCUCUGACCUGGAGGUGCACGAUUUGGGUAUCCCCAUGGACGUGCAGAGGCACAUCUGCAAGAUUAAGAGCGUCUUAGAGCACAGGCAAUCUCUCUCAAGUGUCGCCAUGAACAAGAUUGCUUCCUUCUUCCCCCAUCCGUUCGUCUUUAGCCAUAGUGGGGCUGAACAUGCCAUGCGGCGACGGCCGGGGAUGAUCAUCCUGCAUGUGGACUCCGUAGAGGCCGGUCUGCGGUUUCCCCUCCACCCUUUUUACGUGGAGUUCUUCAACUGCUACCAGGCAGUCCCGGCGCAGUUCAUGCCCAACUCUUAUAGGUUUAUUUCCGCAUUCCUUGUGCGCUGCUCGUCCGCGGAAGCCGAUAUAUCCCUGGAUCUGUUUCACUAUUUUUACCGGGUCACCCCGCAGAAUUCCGACGGUUAUCUGAGUGUGGCCGCUCGUCCGAAGAGGAAGCUGUUUGAGCACUAUCCCUCCUCCAUCCAUGAUUGGAAGAAUAGGCUCUUCUUCCUCAGAUAUGAUGGUCCUCCCCUCCCAAUCCGCUGGAACGGUUACCCCCCGAAGAUUGAGUCGCCGGUGCUGACGGACGAGCUGGAGGCGGAAGUUAACAAAGUCCUGGAAGGCGGCAUUCGCCCCAUAGGAGAAUACCUGACCCCCGAGGCACUCUCUGAAGCAGGCAUAGGUACCGCCCGUGUUCCUGGAUUCCUUCCCCCCUUGGACGCUCGUCUCGGGGCACGGGCGGUCCUGUCCUCUGAGGUGGGUGUUCCUCCCUUUCCCUGUUCGUCUUUUCAUAUUCUUGUAUUUCUCUCUUGCAGGUCUUCCUCUUACCGCUGACCAAAUGGACAACGCCGAGUGCCUGAGGAACAGGAAGGCGAAGAUGGCUGCGGCCAAAGCGGCCAGGGAGGCCGCCGCCCAUGGUACCGGGUCGUCUGCCUCUGAGGCCGCCCGUCGGACUGCCGAUGGUGAGCAGCAUCUGAUUGCCACCCUCCUGAAUGAGGGGGCCAUACCCCACCAUGCUGAGUCUGCACUCCCCCCGCCGAUCGCCGCAACGAAGGUGGUCCCCAAGAAGGGGGUCGAGAGGGCCCCGGAGAAGAAGCCAAAGAGGGGGCGAGACUGUUCUUCCUCCGGCCCGGUUGUUGAAGAUGCCAACGGUCUCUCCCUGAGCCGGCCGGCGGAGGAGCUUUGGAGGGAGCUUGGGGCCAAGGCCGGCCUCGAACUGGCCCCCCGGUCGUCUUCUGAAGCGACCAGCGCCGCUCUGGCAGCGGCCAUCCAGGUAUUGUCGCGGUUCGACUCAUUGUCUCUCUGAUGCCCGUCGUUAUGCCAUCUAAUUUCUGUUCAUUCCAUUCCUUACAGUCAGGGCUGUUGGUGCUGCAAGCCGAGGCCGCCAGGGAGGCCGCCCUGCAAGAGGUGAAGAGCAAGGCCGAUGCCGCCAUUUUGAAGGCUCGGGAGGUCGCCCGUCGGGCAGAAGAAGAGGCUGCCUCGGCCAGGGAGGAGCUUCGGUCCGUUCAGGCUGAAACUGGCGCCCAACUGGCCUGCUUGGAGGAGGCCGGCUUCAAGCUUAUGCCGGUGCUCCCGGCCCCCAAGGGUGCCAUCCCGGAAUGGUGCGUUGAUACCUCCGGCUACCGGAAUACUGGCGAGUUCAUGGACUCGGCCAAGGAUUUCUGCGCUGGGGCCUUUGGAGACGUGUUCUCUCAUGCCCUGGAGAAGGUCCCGGCGAAGGAUCGUCUGAAAUACGGCGUGCGGCUAAUGGGA